AUGGUUGAAUUAACAGAAAUCAUCGAAGAAUCAACCACAUUUGAGGAUCCACAAGUGCAGCCGGUUGACGGCGUUGUUAGGGACGAUUUAAAGGGCGCUGACCUGUCUGAUGAUGAGUACGAUAGUGAUUUUGAAGAUGACUACGAUGAGAAUGAGACCUUCGUGGAAAGAUUAGUUGCUCUUAAGGAUAUUGUCCCUCCAAAGCAAAGACAAACCAUUUCUAACCUUUUCAAUGUUGCUUCACAUUUUUUGAGGAAUGCCUUCUCAAAGGCAGGUGGGGUCACUUGGGCUAUUACCACCUCAGCUUUGCUGCUCGGUGUCCCAUUGUCUUUGUCCAUACUUGGCGAGCAACAAUUGAUCGAAAUGGAAAAGAGUUUUGAUUUGCAAAAGGAUGCUAAUGACCUAUUAUCUCAAGGUGACGGCACGGUUGCCCCAGUUGCCGCCCCAGCAACUGCCUGA